CAUUCAGUGCGUCCCGGUUUUCAGCACGUUUCAGUCUUGGUGGCGCCGCCUCGGCCGAAAACAUUCGAUUUAAAAAUAAAAUGCGUCGGGUUGUCUCUGCAACUUUUCGAUGAUGAGUUGCGGAGAGCUGUUCCUCAAAGGUGCCAGCAGCACUUUCACCGGAUAUUUCCUCAUAGUCAGCAUAGCGUUCCUCCUGUACGGCCUCACGACCACGUACUACCUCCUGAAAAGCAACACUGCUGAAACCCUGGAGGAAGAACUAGUCUCACUGCCCUCACUGUGCCUCAUCCUCUUUGGCUUCCUCCUCUUCCUCUUCAUAAUCUUGGGCUGCUGUGGGAUUUGUCGGGAAAUCCCCUGCUGUCUUGAAACUUACGCUAUUUUCCUCGCCUUAUUAGCCGCAGCUCAGCUCGGCGUAGGAAUUUUCGCUUUAGUGAAUUUUGACCCAAGCAAUGAAGAUUUUCAAAAACGCAUACAUGACGAUGUGGGAAAAAUGUUUGAAAUUUACUACAACAACCGCACACAAUUGGACAACACCCAGCAAUGGAUGAAAUGUUGCGGAGUUACAGACGAUGGACCAAGUGACUGGUUACAAAAUCGUACAAUUCCGUCAUCAUGUUGCGAAAAUUCGUACCAGAAUUGUACCAUUUUCUCAGAGAGUAUUUAUCACGAUGGGUGCGGACAGACGCUUUAUUUUUACAUUGUUGGGACUAAUUACAUUGUUGGGUUGGCCCUUGUAGUGACGGCCGUUACUGAGCUGAUUGCCUCUGUGAUGGGGAUCGGAUUGUCUUGUGCCUUUUGGAGGAACAGCAGAGUUAUGUGGAUUUAAGCGCUGUUAAGGCGGAGAUACGGGUUAUUUAUAAAUAAAAAGUGUAUUUAUUUA